AUGACUCUGGCCAAACUAGAUGAUCUUCCCGAGGACAUCCUGGUCCUCAUAUUUCCUUUACUAGAUGUUCCAGAUUUCCUCACGCUAUGUACAGUGAACAAGUACUUCCACGAAGUGUUUUUAACGAACCCGGAAUUCUGGCGGGAGGUUACCACAAAAACCUAUCGAAUUCCCGUUCAACCACUUCUACGUGCUAAUGGACCGCGGUGGUAUUGGCUGUAUAAAAACCUUCGGACACAGACGAGGGUAUAUCAAUGGGGGGGAGAGGGGCGUCCAUGCGAACCUUUAGUGAAUAAAACCUGGCCGUAUGAGUCUUCGGCUGUGGCUGGAAUACGGAAUAUAGUUGAUUUACAAUGCGGAGGCUGGUCCUCCUCAUGUCUAACUUCGGAUGGUGAAUUAUACCUCACUGGACGUAUAGAUGGGGUGUUUUAUGAUUAUUCAACUGCGAGCGGGUACCAACGCCUCAAGUUUGACGCAGAAUACCCUGCAACCUCCGCAGAAUCUUACAACAAAUCAACAGCCAUCAAGCAGUUCUCUUCUGGUAGAAGACAUAUUCUUGGAUUAUCUGAUGAAGGAAUAAUAUGGAGUUGGUCCCAUAGAGAUCACAGUGCUAGACUUGUUGAGUUUUCCUGUGCUAGAACGGUUCUUAAUUCAAGGGAUCCACACACUCCAGGAACCGUGACAAAAGUCGUUGCUGGUUGGGAUACAAACUCAGCAUUUGUCGCUGGCACUGGGAUAGUUUACUGGAAGAUUAACGAUCCUCCUCUGAAUAAUGAUGAGUCUGCGCUGCUAUUCGUUCUAGGUAAGAUUGUGCCAGGUACCGGUUUCCAGCGGACAAAUUCCGAUAGAGGGCGAGUAGAGGAUGAAGCCAGAUUAGGUGAGGUCAUUAGCUAUAUUGUGCUUGAAGGGUAUAUUGCUUUCAUCACAGACCUGAACAAGGUAUUCGCAACGGAGGAAGAUGGCCAGCGUACAGUCGAACUCGCCAAGUUUGCUGCACCUGGAAGAAUCUUGAGGGAUAUUCAGGGUGCUUUCCGCAACUUCGCAGUGUUUACCGAAACAGGCGAGGUCAUGAUAGGGAACGUCGAACAUAUCCAAACAGCAUUUGACUUUGCUGAUGAUCCUGACCGUGUCUGGUCUCCAAAACUUCCAGCUGGGUUACAACAUAGCGAGGUGAUAUCAGUCUCGUUCGGUGAUUACCAUUACACCGCUCUCCAUGCCAACGGAAAAAUUUCCAGCUAUGGAAGAGAACCCAGGGGUUGCGGCUCGCUUGGACUUGGGAGUAUCUUAGGAGGUGUCCCCCUUCGUGGCCUCACGGAGCCUGAUUCCGAGUCUUUCUCUAGAGAUGUGUGCUAUUUUGAAUUUGCGGAAGAAAAACGGCACAAUGUCUGGUUCGAACCCGAGAAACGGGAGUGGCUCGAGUACUUGGCAAGUGAAGCUGGAUCUCAGGGCGAUAGCUCGGACUGGUUGAUGCCCCUCAAAGAGAAUGAUCAUGGGCUCCUGGAGAAAUACACUACUUGUAUCGAAAGAGCAGGAGAGAAUUGGGACAACUUCCCAGGCAUCAGGCCCGAGGAUACAGAUGGUCUAGGUGCAUAUUUCACCCUCAGUGUUGCAUCUGCUGGAUGGCAAACCGUUGCACUUGUGCUUGUUGAUAAGGAGCUAGCUGAGAAGGUUAGAAGGAAGCACCUUGUCAAUGCGGAAGAGGGUAAUGGUGCUGAAAAAACACCACGGUACAAAUGGGAACUGCAGAAGUACCCCCCGCUACCAACCGAUGCCCAAGGAAUUAUUGAAGUCAGCAAGUAUGAUUUUGAUACCUGGGUUUAUGGAUUGCCUCCAUUAGAAAAUAGUAGCGCUCAAAAAUAG